AUGGCUGAUGAACUGGCUGACGAUAGUUCUUUCAAAUUCCAUGCUCGGCAGUUCUGCAGCGAGACCAGCCUUCAUGGUGCUCGGUUUCUUGUCCAUCGAAAAGGAGUGGUGAGAGUAAUAUGGCUUCUUGCCUUGGGGACGGCUUUCGCAUUCUGUGGCAUUCAAAUACACUCGACUUUUGUACAGUUUUUCCAACGACCAUUUUCGACAACAGUAAUUACAAAAAGAAUAAAAGAGAUCGAUUUUCCAGCAGUAACCAUCUGUAAUUUUAAUCAAAUAAGUAGGAAGGAAUAUGCCAAGACAAUCCGAGCGUAUCGUGCAAACAUGUCUGAAGAGGAACUGCACAGAGAGGCUCAAUUAAUUAUGGCAUCAUUGCAGCCGAGAUCAGGUGAUCAGAAAUUUUCAAGAUCGAAGGAAGAGGUCUCGAUGUUCAAGCUUUUAAACGCUUCUGAGGAAUAUCAUCGACGAGGAAAUAAUUUUCAAAAUACUUUGAAAAACUACUCGCACAAAAUAGAAGGCAUGCUGUCGUUCGAUUGGAUUGAACCCUGUGUAUGGCGAGGAGUUAAAUGCUUGCCUGCAAAUUUCAGUUCAUUUGUCACUUUAAGGAUGGGUCAAUGUUUUACGUUCAACUCUGGGGAAAAAGGUCAUGAACGCCUAAAGUCUUAUAUCCCUGGGCCAACGARUGGUUUAAGACUUCGCCUGAAUGUCGAGGAAGAAGAUCAUGUCGGUGACUCCAACAUCGCUGGGUUUAAAGUUUCCAUACAACAUCAAGAUGAAUAUCCAGUUGUGGAGGAAUUUGGUUUUGCAUUGCAGCCUGGAACCCACACAUUUGCUGCUAUUCGAGCAAUUAAGAUGAAAAACUUAAAGCAACCUUUCGAAGCAAAUUGCAGCUCACCUCUGGAUGACAUCUCCAAGACCUAUAACAAAACAUAUUCCGUUUAUUCUUGUAGUAUGUCAUGUUUCUUGAAUUACCUCACACAAGCAUGUGGUUGUCAAAUACURACGGAGAUAAUCCCUAGAAAAGAAGUCUGCUCUCUUAAAGAGACUUUUGAAUGUGCUUAUCCAAAUGGAUUUCAUGAGCGCCUUCCCCAGUCGGUCCGGGACUGUAUGGCAAAGUGUCCUGAACCAUGCGAGCAAAUGAUCUACAAGACUAAGCUAUCCUAUGCUAGUGCAUCAAGCAAGUCCUUUAUAGAAAGAAUUAAGUCACCAAAGCUCCAAAACAAGACAAUGGAAGAGAGAGUAGAAUAUAUCAGAAACAACAUGGUUUCUUUGGAUGUGUAUUUCGAGGAAAACAAGUACGAUCUCGUUGAACAAACAGAAUCAAUAUCUCUUAUAUCACUUUUUGGAACCGUUGGUGGAUAUCUUGGCCUCUUUCUUGGAAUGAGUCUCCUUACAGUCCUUGAAUUUUUGGAUUUUCUGAUUCUUUGGAUGUACAAAGUGAUCUUUCGAGACAGACGAACCACGCCAGUGCAGACAUUUUAA